UUAGUCGAGAAAAGAUCUCCGCGUGGAAAGGCCGGUCGCUGCACGCUUCGCUGUAACAAGGAUUCUGUGUUGCUUCGUGUGUUAUUUGUUUUCCUUUCUCGUUUUCAGUGCAUUUAUCUCCUCCAAUUUUUGUGAACAUUUUCGUGACGUUUCCCUUUGCUUUCAGUGAGUGAUUUCAAUCGUGCUGUGCACCUCAAGUGGAGUUUUUGGUUUAUUUCACUCGGGAUACCUACAAGUCCGCCGCUGUCGAGAACGUGUGUAUGCAACAAGUGUUAGGAUCUCUGAGGUUUCAUCGACUGCGAAGUGCGUUCUAAAGUGAAGUGAAGUGCGCGAGUUGAAGUUCUUCGAAAAUGGGUGAACGUCGUGGUACGAAGGCUCUAGAAAUUUGGUGUAAACGGGUGACCGAUGGCUACUCCGGUGUCAAAGUCGAGAACAUGACCACAUCCUGGCGCGAUGGACUCGCCUUCUGCGCCCUCAUCCACCACUUCAGACCCGAUCUCAUUAAUUUCAGUGCUUUGGACAAGAAGGACGUGUACGGGAACAACGACCUGGCGUUCAGGACAGCCGAGCGACACCUGGGCAUCCCAGCUUUACUCGACGCCGAGGACAUGGUCGAGUAUCCGGUGCCUGACCGACUCUCCGUCCUCACCUACCUCUCACAGUUUUAUCAAGUUUUUGCCUCUCAAAACAAUUCCCCGGCAGGCAAAAGGGCUUCAGACACCCCUGACAGGCCUUCACUCGUCAUGCCUUCAGCAGGUGGUCCAACCCCUCCUAGCAAGGAGGAAAGCUUAGACCUCAUGGGCCAAUACAAACCUGAAAUUUUCUGCAUUGGGGCUGGCGUAGGCCGUUGUCGAGAAUGUGAGCAAUCUGUGUUCAUAGCUCAACGAUUAGUUAUCAACGGUCACCUCUACCACAGAAUUUGCUUCCGUUGCGCUCGCUGCAACUCCCAACUCAGCAUGGCCAAUUGCUAUGAAACUCAGAAUGCUCAAUUUGUCUGUGAAACUUGUCCAGAUGAAGAGUGUAUCGACGGAAAUAGGAUAAAAGAUACAGAAAGAGGUCAUGCCAGCCCUACGCAUAAAAAACAUUUCUCUGAUGUUCCUGUUAGUGAUAAUGAAAAAUCAACAGAUAAUGAUCAGCUCGCUUUAAAUAAUAGAAACAAAAGAAUAUCAUUAGUCUCCCAUCGGAAAAUGCUGUUUGAAAAUCUAGCCGGAAACGAAAUUAAUAUUUCAAGCAUGACUGAUGAUGCAAAAGCUACAAAAGCUGCAUCCAAACAAAAGACAAAUGAUGUCAUAACUGGAGAUUUGGACCAUGUCUUCAUAAGUUUGAAAGAUGAACUCACAGAUGAAGUUGAUCAAACUCCAGUUCCAAAUAUUCAACCUACUAUUAUUUCAGAUAGCCAUGAUAAGUCAUCAAAAAUGGAGACACAAAAUUUAUCAAACUUGUUAGAAAACAAAUGUACCUCCAAUGACUUUGACAACACUGAUUUACCCGUUUUAAGGGAUAAAAUUGAUUCAGAUGAAACACAUGGUACUGGCUUUGCUGAAAAACUAGAAGAAAGCUCAAAAACAGCUUCAAUUGCUCAAGAUGUGAGUGUACAUAAUUUAUCAUAUAAUACAGAUGAUCUUAAUAGUCUUGAAAAAAUUAAGCUAAAAUCUAGUGAUGAUAGCUUACAGUCUAACAAUGAAGGUAUUGAUAGUAUUAAUAGCAUAUAUAGCAGUAGUAAGGAUAGUAGUGAUAUAAUUCUUAGUCUUGAGACGGUCAACUUAAAUGAUUCUCAACUAGACUCCAGCACCAUCUGUAGUGAUAGUGAAACUGCUGAUGAUGUGAAAGAAGUUAGCAAUAAGUUAGAUAGUGAAACUGCUAAUGAUGUGAAAGAAGUAAGCAGUAAGUUAGAUAAUAGUUUAGUUUCAACCAACCAAGAAUUAACCGAUGCAACAAGCACUGUACAGGAUUCUAAUUCUGAAAGCACAUGUAACAACUCAGAUGUUGUUUUACCAGAAGAUGAAAUUGUCGGUGAAAAGAUUUCGCCCCUUGUUUUCCAAGAAGUCAAUCACACAAUAUGUGAUGAAACUUCCAAUUCAGAGCAACAGUUUAACAGUGAAUCUUGCUCAGCAAUAGAGGAAAUUGAUAAAGAAUCAAUUUCAGAAAUUAAAGAAGCCUCCUCUGAGAAGAAUUCAUCAACUCCUUUAAAACCAAAGAGCUAUCCAAAAGGUUUAAACCCCUUUGGAGACUCAGACGAAGAAGAAAUAGAAGAGACAAAAUUAUCAGAGACGAAGCCAGAAACACUUCGGAAAAGCAUAAAUCCUUUUGGGUCUGAAUUUGAAGAGGAAGAUGAACUUGGUGAAGAUCAUCAAAUGCCUGUACCCAAACCAAGAACUUCAAUAAUUCCAAAAUCCUCUGCACCCAAUCCUUUCCUUUCAGAUGAUGAGGUUUCGGACGAAACAGUCACUACUCCUCCGACACCCCUUGCCAGGAAAUUGCUACCAGAGGAGUCACCACUGACACCAAAAUCUCUCACUUCCAGGCCUAGUAGACGAGGAAGCACUACCAGUAUUGGAUCCACAGUUUCCACUUCAACUUUAUCUCCGCAUAAGAAGAAACCCGCUCCUCCCCCUCCAUCAGUUUUGUCCCCGAAAUAUCGAAAAUCAAAGCAGGCACCUCCUCCACCGUCAAUGUUACCUGUCUCUACGAACUCGUCUUCACCGUUACCCACAUCACCAUCCACCUCAUCUCUCUCUUCACUAUCUGCUCCUGGCUCGCCGAAAUCACUGAACAAAGCUGAUAAAGAAUCAGCAAACAGACUUCAGCGAGCAGAGAAUGUUGCUUUCGAACCUCACAAAAGUAUUUGCGGUCAGUGGAAGCGCAAGAAAGGGCCAGCUCCACAGAGACCUAUACCAAUCAAGCGCCAAGUAAGAGAACCGAUUCGUCUGGAUCAGAUCAAGCAAGAACUGGCAGAUAUUGAGAUCAAGCAACAAGAAUUAGAAAGGCAAGGAGUGAAGUUGGAGCAGUCUAUCCGUGAUCGAUCGGCAGAUCAAAACGUUGCUCCUGCUGUCGAAGACAUGAUGUCACAGCUGUUUGAAUUGGUUAAUGAAAAGAACGAGCUCGAAAAACGGCAAUCAGAACUCACAUACUUGCGACGGCAGCACCAUCUUGAGCAAGAACAUGCAGAUUUGGAGUAUAGCAUUCGUUGUUUAAUGUUAUGCCCAGAAGCAAAUAAGACUGAUUCUGAUAAGGAACUAGAAGAACAGUUAAUUCAAAGACUUGUGGAAGUUGUUGAAAGGAGGAAUGAAAUCGUCGAAAACUUGGAGGUUGAUCGGCAGAAAGAAAUAGAGGAGCAGAAAAAUAAUACAACUGUGGAACUUUAUUCUUUAGGCUCAUCAACAGAUGGGGAUGCCAGCUCCAAAGACAAAACUCUAAAAAAGAAGGAAAAGAAGGCUAAGAAAGCAAAAAAGAUGAAAAAAACCGAGGGGGAUACAGACAAAGACGCCGAUACUUCAGAGUCAUUAAGUAAAAAAACCAACAGGUUAAGUUGGUUUGGAACGCUAAAACAUUUACCCAAAAAAAUUUGACCGUUCUCAGUAACUUUCUUUGACUCAACACACCAAAGUGUUCUGUUCAGUCGUAACUCGUAAGUGACAUAUAGUUAAAAACUUUUACACCUUGUUGCCUGCCAUUAACUUUUGCUCAUAUUGUAAUAUUUUUGUCAUUAGAAUAAGUUUCUCUUUCCUUUCCAUUAUGAAAUAAGCAGAAUUUUCUCUCACUUAAAUGGUUGGCAUGUAGUCAAAUGUUAGAAAAUAUAUGAUUCAAUUCACACAGUUCAAAAAUUGAACCUAGUACUUUCUUCAAUUUCUCAGAACAAUCGUCAGCUAUGAUUAAAACUGUUUGUUAAAGUAAAAACUUGAAGACUGAGAUUAAUCUGCUGUAUUGUAUCAAUAAUUGAGGACACUCUCCUCAAAAGAAAUGUUUUCCUCAAGUUAAUAGCAAAUAAUUAGGUAUUUUUAUUUGGAUCUUAAUCCGUCCGCUCAAUUCAUGCAGUUGUAAUUCUAUUUAAUAACGUGCCUUUGCAAUGAACACAUUUUGUCACAUAUAGAUUGAAACAAAAAUUUUUCUAUCAGUCCAAUAAAUCACUGAAAUUUUUACAAGAAUAAACUUCACUUCUACUCUGUCAGUGAACCAUUACAAUUUACAAAUAGGCUGUGUUUGAAAUUAAUGUAUUUUAAUUUACUCAAAAUAAUUUAUUAGGUAUUCUUGCGAUGUGAGGAUAUAUUUGAACGGGGAUGGGUCACUGCAGUCCAGUAAAUCUAGCUCAAAAGAAGGCCAAAUGUCAGACAAAUCAUUACAAACUUCUUUUAAGUUUUAAAAUUGAUCUCUUGCAUUUUUUUGUUUGUUUGAUGCAUAUUUUUUGAAUUGUAUAGGAAGAAUCGUUUGGAGGUCUUUUUUGAAAAUCGCCUUCAGACGCCACUUUGAAGUAUAGCAUUUUGACCACUUUUGGGAUUGAAUUUUUUUUAAUAUUUUUUUAUGUCUUAUUGGGACCCGAAAAACUCUUUACACCGAAAGAAAACAGUUUGUGCUAAUUUUUCCAGGGUUAAAUUCUAGAUUUACUAAACCACCAAGUGAGUCUCCUAAAAUCUGUCCUUAAAAUCAUGCACCUAGAAUGAGGUCCUGUUUUUCAAUUCCCAAACAGUCUCGCAGAAAAAAUGAAAGAAAUGGUAACUAUAACUAAGCUUUAAAAUUCUCGGCCCAUCCUUAUAUGAGCUUUGUAUAUCCGAUCACAAGUUUCCUCUUUUUUAAUUUAUUUAACUUAUAUUAAUGUAUUCGUAGGUUUAUUAGUUACUUCUUUGCAAAAAAUUUGAGCUGACUUCGUUUCUUAACUGUAGCCUUAUGUUCUAGGCUGUCACAAACUUCCUGCGAGCCAGACAACCAACGUUAAAUGUCAUACCUUUAUUUUUACAGCUUUUUAGUUUGAUCUUAUGCACUUAUGAGGAUCAAGAGUUGUUAGUUAUUUAUUUCAGCUAGAUUGUAAUAUCUGCUCUUAUCCUCAAACUAUUCUUACUUCAGAAUGCACAAUUUUCUAGAUUUUUCUAUUAUGAUGGCCUUGGUGCAAUUUCAUUUAUGUUAAAAAUUUGUUUGUAUAAAGUGUAAGACUACUUAUGCAUCAAUGAAGCUGUCAAUCAGUCACAGGUGAAUUUCAGGGUCAAAUUUAUUGGUUGACUAAAAGAGUGAGAUGGAAUAUUAACCAUCUUGAACCUUGCUUUUAGUUCCAAUGCCCAAAUAAAAAAAAACAUCCUCUGUUGCUCUCCAAUGACCGGACGAGACUCUUGAAUGCCAUGUACAUUCAGACUUGCUGCAAAUGCUAAUUGGUUGACAAAAAAAGUCCCUUCAAGUGAGUGAAUGAUUAUUAUCAGAGGAUAGGUCUCUAACACAACUAUCGCCUCUUCGUACCAGUUUUUGAUGUGACAUCUCCCAAGAUUGGUGAAGUGUAAAAUCCGCUACCACUUCAAAGCGUUGUAGACACCGUUUUUCUUUCUGUUGAUUAAUUCCUUUUUUACUACCCACUCCUCUCACCUCUUUUGCUCUUAGUGGAUCAAGCAUCACAUUUUAACAUUGAAUAUUUUUUGUACCCGGACUUUCUAUUGUUACCACACAGUUUAUGUAAUUUUGUAAAUAGACUUUGUUACAAAAACAAAA